CGAUCGCGAGCACGCCACCUCUGCAGCUAGACCAUUACACACCAGCUGUGUGGUGCUCAGAGACCACAAAUCGAUCGUGGAGCAAGCGCACAACACAGCACGAAGCCGCCGCGGAUCGGCAAACCCAAGCAACCCGAGCCACGCCGCAGCCUGCCGCGCAGAGACGCAGUGCGAGAGACUCGAGCUACGGAGGCACGACGCCGCCGCGACCGGCACACGGGAGAACACCACAGCGACGACACGACCGAUGAGCGCCCUCAAGGCCGCCGGCCCGUCGCUCAGGGCGUCGGUGGCCUCGCUCUACCGAAGUUUUUUGAGAGAAGCAAGAAGAAAGGACCCAAACAACACGCGCGGCACCGUCGAGGACAUACAGAGACGCUUCCGCACGGACGCGGCGAACGUCGGCCGCCGCGAGUUCCAGCGCAUCGAGUUCAUGCUCCGCGAGGGGCACAAGAAGCUGAAGCUGCUGCGCAUGCCCGGGGUCACAGGCGUCGCGAACCGGUGGGGCGCGAAGCGGUGACGGUCGCGACGCUCGUUUUGUUGUGUGUGUUGUGCGUAAGUAGCCGUCUGUGCGAACCGAAGCGCGAUCUACUAUGGGGUAGCAAUCCCGCGGCAGGCCUACAAAGCGAGC